AUGGGGACGACUUGGUGGCCAGCGCUGCUUUUGUUGCUGAAUGUGCUAGUCGGCAGUGUGUCUGCAGUCACAAUUUCUGGUGCAAGAGGCGGCGUCAAUCCUCAAACCGGUGAACGACCUGUGCGCAAGGAUCUCACCAAACUGGAGUGGUCGGGGCCUGAAUGGGAUCUUUACAUUCUUUCCCUCAAAGCUUUCCAGGAGGAGGACCGCAGUGAGCUUCUGAGUUUUCACAAGAUUGCUGGUAUUCACGGAUACCCUUAUGUCUCCUGGGACGGCGUUGAGGGCACCAACAAUGCUGGUUACUGCUCCCACGGAUCCACCUUGUUCCCCGUGUGGCAUCGACCUUACCUUGCAAUGUAUGAGGAAAGAAUCUCGCGUCACGCCCAAAGGAUUGCCAACUUGUACCCUCAAAAUGUCCGAGGGAAAUAUCAACAGGCGGCUCAGAAUCUGAGAAUUCCGUACUGGGACUGGGCCAACGAUCCCCAGAUGCCCAGGUCUGUAACUAUUCCAGAGCUAAAUAUUAAUUCUCCGAGCGGAAUGCGCACCAUUCCAAACCCACUUUACAACUAUGCAGUCAGGCCGUCCGCUGAGGAAUACUUCCCCAUCGACAUGCUUAGCAAAUACCCUGUCACCGUUCGCACCCCCAACGAUGAUGGAGAAUCUCAAAUUGAGUCCAUCCAAAGGACGUUGAUCUCGAUCGGUGCUCACAUUCGAAUCAAUACUUACCAACUGUUAGCUGGUGAGACCAACUACACCGUCUUUUCCACCGAUUCGCUCCCCAACCGCGGUGGAAGUUACAACAACCUGGAGAACAUUCAUGGUCUCGUUCACGUCUCCGUCGGGGGCAGUGGUGGACACAUGACAUACACCCCCUGGUCCGCCUAUGACCCUAUCUUCUGGCUCCACCAUACCAACGUUGACCGUAUUGUUGCUCUGUGGCAAGCGCUGCAUCCGGAUUCCUAUGUACAACCGUUAGUUAACAGCGGGACAGAUUUCAUCAGAAAGGCUGGAACAAUGGAAGAUUCUGAAACGGCGUUCGCACCUUUCCGCGACCCCAGCAAUCAAUUCUACAACGCCAUCACUUCCCGGAACACCAGAUCCUUUGGCUAUACCUACUCGGAGAUCAAGGAUUGGGGUGUUAGCAAGCAACAACUGACCGCAAACGUGCGCCGGGAGGUUAACCGCCUGUAUAACAGAGCGAGCAGCAGCGAUAACAGCAAGCGCAGUCCCACAUUCAGCGCCCGCGCUGUCCACCACCACCACCACGACGGAGUGAUCAAGCACAAGCGCAUGCCCAAUCUCGCCCAGGACACCUUAGACGAUCUGAUGAACCUCAACUUCAAGCUCUUGGACUUUCUCGAAGACAUAGGCAAAUCGAGUCUGCUCGACUUCGUCAAGCUAGGCAUGAACAAUUUGAAGAAGCAAUGGGUCCUCAACGUCAGGGCGAACAAAUUCGCGAUCUCACAUGCAUAUCGCAUCUUCUUCUUCCUCUCCGAGCCACCCAAGGAAUCAUGCGACUGGUCAUAUGCGCCCAACCUGAUCGGCACCUUUGCCUCGUUUGCCUCUUCCCAGGACUCUCCAGCCAACAUGACGCGCGACAUGUACGGCCAGAUUCCGCUGUCGCAUGUGCUCGCGCUCUUGCAGAGUAGCGAGCUGAUUUCUGAUCUGGAUGACGACACGAUCCUGCCGCUGCUGGAGAAGCAUCUUCAGUGGCGGGUGCAGGAUUUGACCGGCAAGGUUAUUGAUUCUGGUGAGUUUUCGCGGUCGUCAGUGGGCGGCUCGCAGGAACUGCAGAUUACGGUUGCGAAACGUGAUGUCGUGCCAUUGGCGGACGACGGCGCUGAGCGGGAUCACUUCCCGACGCUUAGUGAUUGGAAGGUGUUUAAGGAUAUUACACACCCUGCGAAGAAGGUUGCGGCGUGCAAACCGCGGUAUACUGUGAAAAGUUAA